GUGGGCCACGGGACCACCGCUGCUGGACCUUCACCACCUCCUCUUCGUUAGCUGUUCUGUGGCACUUAACCCCUUCCCCUUCCUUACAUUUGGCACUGUCGUUAUUCUGGCACUUUCGCUAUUUUGAAACUUUUAAAAGGAGAUUCAGGUUUUUUUUUUUUUUACAAUCAUUGUAGUUUAACCCCGUAUCGUAUUGAAAGACUUGUCAACAAAAACGAAAUUCUCUCUAGAAAAGCCGAUACCUUACUGACAAUUAUCUGAAAUAACAUUAUUAACUCAGGUGUUAUAAGUGACUAAAAUAAACAGAAAUAGAAAAAAAUAAAAAAUAAAACAUCUCACUAACAAGACUCAAAACAGUGCCACCUAACCACAUGGAGUUUAUCCUUCUAACCAAUACUACAAAGAGGACAAAAUCUUCCACCCCACUCUUGGCUAGAACGUCGACGUGACUUGAUGCAUUGUGGAGUGUCGCUUCGCCGCCAUCAACCAACAACAACAUCAUCAUACUUCGCCGUCCUUCCUCUCUGCCCUCCCUCGCUCGCCACCCACCCUCAUUGCCCUCCCUUGCCGCCCUCCCUCACCCACCCUGUCUGACCUGCACGAAAGACUAUCUAGAAUCGUCACGGAGAGAAGGAAAUUUUUUCCCUCCGCUGUCAAAACGAGGCUGAGUAUCUGGCGCUGAAGGAGGAAGACUAACAACGAAGGCGCUGAAGGAGGGUACAAUAAUAAUGACGCUUGACCCUGAUUCUUCUCUCUCUUGUAGAUAAUUCCGACGUAGCCUGCUGGACAAUGAGGGCAUAAUGGGUCGGAAGCAAGGCCUUAGCUACUCCAUCAACCAGCCUGACCUUAUCGAGCACGUCGCCCACAGGACCACCAGCCUUCAGCAGCAGCCUAAUAACCAGAUCGUGUCCAACAAUCAGGACGACACGGAGAACGAUGACAAACGUAUGGUAACUCCUGACGGUGGUGAAGGUGGAGUGGAUUCAGGCGUAGUGACAGACGGAGGUUCCACAUCUUCCUCAAAUUCCUCGCAUCAAGGGCGACAAUCCCCAACUCACAUUCCACAUAUGACAGCUGGCCACACACAGGACUUGUAUGCUCUGCCGGUAAAGCGCCCCCCGACACAGACUGGCUCCCAGCACUCAACCCCGACACAUCAACCCACACAAAAUAAUCAUGAAGAGGAGAAGACCGACCCACCGAUAGAGGACACCCUUCCCCCUGGCUGGGAGAAACAUGAAGAUAAUGAUGGACCAUACUACUGGCACAUCAAGAGUGGUACCAUCACCCGCACCCCACCUGAACCCUCGGAUGCGUUGACUUCUGCGCCACUGAGGGCAGAGAGGAGGAAUAAGGAUCCCGACCAGACGAGUGGUAGUGUGGCAGGAACAGUGACCCGCAGCAACACCUCGUCUGCUCUGUCUGAACUCUCAGACUCUCGUCCAAGGACUGCUGCUGUGGAUAAUGCCUACAAGCGACGCAGUUACCCAGCUCGUAGCGACAUAACAGAAGGCAGUGGUGGACGUCCUAUCCGAUUUGCUGUGCGUUCCCUCGGUUGGGUAGAAAUUGCCGAAGAAGACCUCACACCUGAACGAUCUUCCAAGGCCGUCAACCGAUGCAUAGUUGACCUUUCUGUUGGAAGGCGCGACGUUUUGGACGUGGUCGGAUGUUGGGGAGACGGGAAAGACUUGUUUAUGGAUCUGGAUGAAGGCUCCCUAAAACUUGUUGAUCCAGAGAAUUUGACAGUACUAAACACACAGCCCAUCCACACCAUCCGCGUUUGGGGUGUUGGGCGUGACAACGGCAGAUUGCUGCGUGGCGAACUGUCUGACAGGGAGAGGGACUUUGCAUAUGUAGCCCGUGAUCGUGUGUCGAGGAAGCAUAUGUGUCAUGUGUUUCGUUGUGACACCCCUGCUCGCACCAUUGCUAACACACUGCGGGACAUAUGCAAGAAGAUUAUGAUCGAACGCUCUCUUCAGCAGAAUAUGAACAAAUCCCUUGACUCAAAUUCAUCAGGCGGAGGCAGUGCUAGCAGACUUACUCGACCAACUAACCUUCCCACCGAACAUCGCAGACUUCAUCGUCACUCACAGAUCAUUCCACCUCAAUCAUUCCCAACACCAAUGGAGGAGCCAAAGAAAGUGAUGCGGGUGCAGUAUGUGGGCGUCCUGCAGGUGGAGAGACCUUCUGGAAUGGACGUACUUAACAGUGCAAUUGACAGAGUGGUAGAGUCCAACCCAAGGCCCUGGAGGAACGUGUCUGUGGCUGUUGCUCCCUCCACCGUCACCAUCACAAACACAGAUGAUGGUAAACAAAUAGCAGAAUGCAGAGUCCGAUUCCUGUCCUUCUUGGGCAUUGGUCAGGACGUGAAGCAUUGUGCCUUCAUCAUGCACACGGCCCAGGACCAAUUUAUUGCGUAUGUGUUCCACUGCGAGCCAUCCACCGGCGCCCUCUGUAAGACCAUUGAAGCGGCUUGUAAGGUUAGUCCCGAGCUGAGAUACCAGAAGUGUUUGGACGCGCACCCAGGUGUAAGUCGUGGACGAGGAGCAGGUACUCCCCGAAGCAUUUCAGCCACUUUGCGCUCUGUGUUCGGAUCCAUCACAGGACGAAAGGCUCGGUCAGCUGAAUCCUGAGAUGAGGACUCACCUCUGCAGGACUUCUGGGUCCAACCUGCAGAGCGUGAGGUCAUUCCGCACCGCCACCUGACCAGUCCUGGAGGAGGCACCCCUUCUCCUACUAUGUCAGGAUGUCCCUUUUCCUCACGACAGGUGCAGGCGCUGGUCUCUCCCACGUGUGAAUCUCCCCAUUCAUAUAGUCUCCAUCGCUCCCCAACCACUCCAGCCCUCAUGAUGCAAUCCCCUCCCACACCUGCCACACCCAUGUCCCCUAUGGAUGCCCUCCGUCGCCUCCAGCUCCCCCCAGAUUUAUCCCCUUCACGGGAAGAGGAAAUCGACUUAGAGGACGGAGGAGUUGAUUUAGAGGAAGGAAUUCCUCAAGAGGCUGAUUUAGAUGAUGAUGAGGAAGAUGACAGCUUAGACAAGUUGGGAGGUACGCUGCGCAAUGAAUGAGGCCGGCAACUUUCUCCUUCAGGAUUGAAGUGCCAUUUAGUCUACUUGGUAAACAGCCUAAUAUUUUACCUGGCAGCUGUGAGGGUAUGCAUGGAGAGUUGGCAUUAUCCAUUUCAGAUGAUAUGAAAGGAAAUGGCAGUUUUUACACUCACUUCUCUCUGCCUUGUUAAUAACCAAGUUAAGUUGGUCUGGAGAAUGGUCAAGACUACAUUUUCUCUAAGAUCUCUAUUUAAGUGUCCCUCCAUACAGCCACGUGCCGAGUAGAUACAGUAUGCCACCUAUAUUCCCACUUUCAAUGAACCCAUAUGUCUAAUCCCUGCGCUGGUACUUCCAUCAUCCUUCUGACCUCUUGAGUUCCUGUUUAAUCACCCUCCACUAACCUGCAGAGUGACAUCUAAUGUGUCAUAAGUGAUAUAUAAUAGAUGUGUCUGGAAAGAGAUAGAUACUGUACACAAGUAGAACAUGGAGAUAGUGUAGAGUCCAUUACAAGGGGUAUUGCUCCAAGCCCAAGUAAUGUGAGUGUGUGGUUUGGUGUAUGCGUGUGAUUUAGUGUACGCACGCUCAGCAGGACCCAGAAUGGCUGGUUGUGUGUAAACUAACUUGUGUCACAAAUCUUCUGCACGUACUCACUAACGCUGAGUUUGUAAAUGUAAGAAUAUCAUAAGAACAUACUCCUAUGCUCUCGUUUUGGCAUGUCAACUUUAAUAGCAACCUCUAAGUGGGCAUAACACAAGAAUUCAUGGGGAAUUCUUACUUUAUGACUGCAGCCUAAAGCUUCACGGUGUUCCGGGGAAGAGAUCAUCAGCAGGGGAUCAAGUUGUGCCUCUGCUUGCAUAGAAGUUUUGCUAACCACUAACACAUUGAUGUACAUUUGUGAAUGUUUCAUGUGGCCUAGUGCAACUGUGUCUUUUUCUCUGCUUUAACACUUCCUGUCAUGGGAAAAAGCCAUAUGUAAUAGGUUGACUUAAUCAUUUUAGGUCAAAGCAUCUGUCAAACAUAUUAAUUUUAGCUCUUUGGCAGUAUUGUCAAUAAUGAUUUUAUAUUGUCAAUAUAUCUAUUUAACAAAACUUUGUGUACAAGCUGGAAAGUGCUGAAAAUGAUUGUGUUUGUUCUUUGGCUGAAAUCCAAAUUGGUAAGUCAGUGUAUACAAUAUAGUGACCAUAACAAUUUGCUGAAUAUGUUUUGCAAACCUAGACAUCUUUUAAUCUCACUGUCGGCAGUGUUCUUAUUUUUUAUUAUUAUUUUACUCUUAACUGCGGAUCAAGGUUUUCAUCCCAGAUUCUCUCGGCUUCGUUCUAACACUAACCGUAACUCUUCAGCUGAACUCCUGUAGGCUACUUCUAAUCUUGUUGACUGUGAGUGAAUGUUCUCUUGUUACUGCAUAUAGCCAAGUAACUAGUCGUUAACAUAUUGUACUUAUGAGUGGAGCUUGACUGGAGAAACUUUAAAUAUUUAGGGAUUAAUAUCAGUGAGCACAAGGAUCAUAGACGGCUUGUAAUAUCUAAGAGAGACUGCAUGGGUACAUGAGAACGGCCGUAAGUAAAUAACGUUGUAGAAAAUAGACGGCACGGACAUGGGGACGUUGUAAAUCUUCCCCGUCUGAAGUUUCCUUUGCUUGUAGCUCCCAUCUGUAGUAUAUACAAUAAUAACUAUAUUUCCUUGUGCCCAUUGUGAACAACACGUACAUACAAAAGCUCGGGUGUUAAAAAAAAAAAGCAGUGUAUUGAUAGCGAUUUACUUUGGUCAAUUCACCUGAGCCUCCUCGAACUGACCCACAUUAAAAGCCGUAUGAUCCAUCAGGGUUGGAUUCCCCGUAAGUGCAGCUACAGGAAGCGUCUCAACGGAUCAUCUCAGUGACCUAGUAUGUUGCCCGUCAUCUGUUGUUUGUUUUCGUUGGUCAUUUUUAAUACUAUAGAACACUUAACACAGAGGGUAGAGAAGCAGUGCGAUGAUGUGGUGUGUUGAGACGACUUCUACCAAGGAGUGAGAGGAUGGGUCACGGCAGGAGUACAGUAGUCCACACAUGUAGCCACGCCAGCAACUAUGACCUAUUUAUCAAUAUUUCCAGUCAUUGGUUUUGUCAUACUCUUUGAUUUAUAGUGACAAAAGUGACUUGUACUGUAUAUUGAAAGCAAAAUUGUUAACAUUGAUUAUUUUAAAAACAUUAUUUAUGACUUAAGUAAAUUUCCUAGUUUAUUAUUUAAUUUUUUAUGACAGUAAAUGAAGAAAUAUUUCCCUUUUUUUUAUUAUCAUAAUGGGAUAUUGAUAGUGAUAAGUAGAUUAGGUAAAAAUAGAAAUAAAUGUGUUCAUCCAUUGUGAAUCUCAUGAAGGAUUGUUGUUGCUGGUUAUGUUACAAAACAGUUACCAUAGUCACACCAGCAGCAUCACCCAUUAUUGUGACUUAAUCUCAUAGGUUUAUAAUGGGGCAGUUAUAACUUUUAUCGGAAACAAAAACAAAAAAUAUAUAUAUAUAAACUUUGCAGAACCUAGUAGAGAUUUUUAUUUUAUUUUUAAGUCUUUUUAACAGAAUUGUAUAAAGUAAGGAUAUAUAUAUAUAUAGUCACAGUUUUGCUUCUUUGAUAGUAGAGAGGUUCCUGCAUAGGUUUACAAAAUGCCAUACUUCUAAAAACAUUCCACUGAUGUAGUUGUUAUGUUGAGGGAGUGUUGUUACAGUGACAUACAUCUGAUGAUAGAGUGUUAAGGCUGUUUGUAAUUUUGUUUAUUAUUGAUCAUAAUCCAGUCAGUGUAAUGGGCCAGGGAAACAACUAUACAGUUUCGUGGUAAUUAAAACUUUUUGCAUUAUUUCAUUAAACUUCAUUUGAAAUGCCUCUUGAGAUGUAAUACUUGAUGGGUGAAUUUUUGUGUAUUUUUGUAUUUAAGUUACACAUACAUGUACGUACAACUCUUCUGGCAAGUCAUGUAUUUAAGUGCCUGUCUAUUUGCAUUGCAGGCGCUUACACAAUCUUUAUCAAUGUUGAUACCCAGGUGUGAGCAAAAUACAUUAUUACAUAGGAUAA